AUGGGUCCCGGUUGCCUGGCCGUGAACACCGUGGCGCCCAGUUGUCGUCAUUUCUGGUCUCUAUGGUUCCUCUUCACCCAGUCGAUGACUAUUCGAAAGCACAACCCGGUGAUUUGGGCCAAUAGCGAAAAUGCUGCCCACUCCCUUGGCCUUGACCAGUGCUUCAUCUCGUGGUCGACGCGAGACUGUGAAUGCGAAACCAUGUCAUUGUCGACUCCCUAA